AUGAUAAAAAUAACAAUCUUUAUCUUGUUCGGUGCAAUUGUUUCGGUUCGUUGUGAGUCUACCAUACUAGAAGCCCGGCAGUUAGCCUAUCCGCCAUACUUUCAUUCCGUCGCCUAUCCAUUCGGUUAUGGCUGGGCUAUAGCGGCCUACGUGCUGGCGGUGUUCAAGGCAGUGUUCGUGUUCAGUAUGUUUGUGAUUGGAACCUUCUACGAAUCAGGAUUCACCCGACAGAGGGAUGCUAGAGAAAACGAUCAUCACGAGAAUCUGUGGAUGGAUUUGAUUGGUCAUUUUGCAACAGCGAAUGCAACGGCCGACUGUUGGCGGGAAGUGCAGUGCGAAGCGGAAGCGUACAUGGUUAGUAACACGCUCUUGCGGAUUCUAUCUGGAUUUGGUAAAGGAAUAGAAAGUGAUUGCAAAAGGGCCACGUCGAGGGGUGGCUGCAAAGCAAUUACAUUCAAAGAUGUGAUUUUAGGAAACUUCAAAUCGAUGUACGCUAAAGGUGCUUCAUUGCUUAAUACAUUUUUACACGAUCGUCUUAGCUAA